AUGACGACGGUUUCAAAAGAUAACUAUUACAGACUAGCGUCUGAUCUAGAACCAGAGAGAAUAUCUGCAGCUACUAUCUUGAUCAAGGAGUUGUCUGCUGUUGAUAAUAGAAAGGAUUGGCACUAUGCUCUUUCCAGAUUAAUUAAGGGUCUCACAUCAUCAAGAGCUUCUGCCAGAAUAGGAUAUUCACUUUGUCUUGCUGAAAUAUUGUCCAUUCUAAUUAAUGACAAACAUGAAUAUACCAUUAAAGAAUUUCUGGAUGACUUAAAUGAUGAAUUAUAUGACAACUCAGGCAAAAGCAGUAACGGCAAGAAUCUUCGUGCUACCCUCUUUGGAAGACUAUUUGGCUAUCAGGCUCUAAUCAACUCCAAUGCGCUUCAGGGCCACGUUGAGCACAUUUUAGAGGUUUACGACUGCUUAAUAGAGAUCGCCCUUACUAAAUCCUGGAUUAGAGAAAUUUGUUUCGUCACCAUAUACAAAGGUUUAAAGUCUCUUCAAUUAUUAGAUGACGAGGUUGUUAUAACCGCUUUAUUGAAAAUGAUAAAAAAUGCCGAUUUGGUUCUCUCUCCUGAAGGAUUGUUGAUUUACCUUGCCAUUGAUCCAGCCAAGAGGCAGUUCUACUCUGAAAAAGUAGGUAUAAACUCUUGGAAGAACGGUAACCCGCUCAGUAAGGGUAACAUGGAGAUUUUAGCAAAAGUUUUGAGCGAUUCGGAGGUUGGUUCUGCUGAUGAUCAGUCCCAUCAGUCUGGAAAUAGACAGGUAGGCUCGUGGACUCCCACUCUUCAUUAUGUUUGGACCCCACUUUUGAAUGAAUUAUCGUCUCCGGAAAUAACUACAACUACCAAAAAGAUCAAGAAACACAAGCAUAAUAAGAAGGAAGAUAAUAAAGUUAUUGAACAGAUUUCUUUAACGGAAUUCUGGAAACCUGUCAUUGAUGAGCAGUUCUUCAAGCUUUCGGCCUCUCCAGAAAGAAAGUAUUGGGGCUUUGAAAUUUUUAACCUGGCUCUCUCGAUACCUUCCCUUACACAAUCUCAGGUAUCUGCUCUUUUAUCAGCAAACCUACUGCGAUCCCUUAUAAAUCAGUCCUCGAAGGACAAUAGAAUGCUUCACAGCCUUGCUAAAAACACUCUUCGAUUGCUUACAGAGACUACAAAAAAAUACGAGGAAAGAAGAAUACCCAUUCUUGAGAAAUUACUUGGCACUUCACUUAACUUCGAUAAAUUGACCAAAAGUAAGACAAUUACUGAUAUUCUGAAUUCGUGCUUUUCAAAACAAUCAUUGUCUGAUACAAUUGACUAUUUAACCUCUGUGGAAGUUAAUUCGGAUUAUGAUAUCAUCAAGUAUCAGUUAUUGGCUCUUGACUCUUUGCUAAAAUUAGUGAGGUCUAAAAGAGAAAUUCUUUCAAAGAGUCCAGAGUUGUUAAAGCACGUUUUGAACUACUUGAUCGAACAUACAUUUUUAAUCAAAACAUCUGAUCCAUUAAGAUAUACUGAGAGAAUGUCCAAGUUAUCUAUGGAGAGACUUUAUUCUGUUCUCUCUGAGGCUAUGUCCAUUCAAAAGAAUAUCGACUGGACAAACUAUGUGAUAGAAUAUCUUAUGAAUUUUGACCAUCAGAUAAACGAAGUAGAAGUUGAGGAUUUCGAAAUGAGAUUCAAAUUUGAGGACAGCUUGACUGGCUUGAAAUCUGAAUCGAUUAACACAUUGGAAGCUAUCAAGGAGAGAUUACAGAACAUGAAGUUGGAUGAUCCAAAGACACAUCUUUUAAACUGUUUUGAGAUUCUUUUUUCAACUGCAUUGAUAGAACUAUACACGGGUGAUUCCGAAUCGGCUUCCAUUUUGUCUGAUUUAACUGAAGCUUUUGGAAAGGCUUCCAACAUCAAGAGUGAUCGUGAUGAGAACGAACAAAAAAAGAUCACUGAGGUGUUGAUCGAUCUUAUGCUAACGUACAUUAAUCAAAGAUCCACAUUGAUGAAAAAGGUUGCAUUCACUAUUUGGGAAAAUUUGAUCGAAGGUAUUGGUGAAAGCCAACUUGACAGGCUUUUUGAGAUAUUGCUAACCAGAGAAAACAAGCAAGGACAGGAUAAAUUGUUUGACCCGGCUAUGGCUGAAGAAGAAGCUGAAGAAGAAGAAGAGAAAGAGGAAGUUUCAUCCAGCUCGACGGAAGAGCCUGAUUCGUAUGCGAAUGCAAGUGUUUCCAGUGACCUUGUAGUGGACGAAACAGAGGCAUCGGCUUUCGAAGAUGAGAGAAGAAAAAAAAUUGAAGAGGUUAAUGAGAAUACGACCAGCGCCCUUUCUAAGGCUCUUAGAAUAUCCGAGAAUGAGAUGAAUAGCGAGACUGACGAAACGAAUACAGCUGCUGAUGCAAACAAAGGAGAAAAAGAAGAGAAUCAUGAGGAGAAAGAGGAUGAUGAAGGAGAAGAGGAUGAUGAUGAUGAUAGUCAUGUGACCGAUUCGGAUGAUUAUGAGUCAAUGUCGGACGAGGAAAUGAUGGCCCUUGACUCCACACUUUCGCAAAUAUUCAAACAGAGAAGAGAGGCGCUGCAGGCAAUCGACGGAAAAUCUGGUAAUCAAAGAAAGCUAGAGGCUCAGGAAGCUCGUGAGAUGAUGAUCUUUUUUAAGACCCGGAUUUUGGAUCUUUUGGAGAUAUUCAUCGACGAGAGACCCACUGACUCGUUGAACGUGAAUAUUUUAUUGGCAUUGAUCAAUCUAAUGGUUUUAACAAUGGAUAAAAGCGUGGGUGUUAAAGCUCACAAACUCGUCAAGAAGAUCUGCAAGGGGAAAACGGAGCUGGAAUCCGAGAGAAGUGCACUUGAGGCUCUUUCAAAAGUGCAGGAGACUGCAGCUCAUUCGAAGAUUCAAGCUCUCACUUCAGCUUGCAACCAUACUUGCAUUUUCUUCACGAAGAACAUCGAAAAACAGUUUGGAGAUAAAGCUCUUGAUAGAGUAUUAGAUAUAUAUUUGAAGAACUUCAAGAAAUGGCUUGCACAUAAGAGCAACAAGACCACAUCAGGAAUGUUCUCUGACUUGGUCAAUUGGGCUAGUAGUAGAAGACAGGAAAACUAG